GAAAAAUAUAUUCAGGGGGAAAAGAUGUAAUAGAUUUCACAUUAUGGCAGUUACUAAAGAAGCACGUGAACAGACACAUCACCUUCACUUUGGGAUAUGGAAUUUGAUAAGCAGUUAGCCACAGAAUAUGAACAACCCCUUUAGAAUGAGAUUGAAGAACUGAUCCAGGGGACAAAAGAGGGGAAACUGGGAGUUCCCAAUUAAUAAUGAAGCAGCUUCAUGUCUAAGAUCUCUGGUGGACUUUUUCUGCCUGUGGACGCCACUGAAGAAGCAUCGUUAAAGUCUCUCUUCACCCUGCCGUCAUGUCUAAGUCAGCAUCUCCAAAAGAGCCCGAACAGCAGAAGCUCUUCAUUGGAGGGUUGAGCUUUGAAACAACCGAUGAGAGCCUGAGGAGCCAUUUUGAGCAAUGGGGAAUGCUCACAGACUGUGUGGUAAUGAGAGAUCCAAACACCAAGCGCUCCAGGGGCUUUGGGUUUGUCACAUAUGCCACUGUGGAGGAGGUGGAUGCAGCUAUGAAUACAAGGCCACACAAGGUUAAUGGAAGAGUUGUGGAACCAAAGAGAGCUGUCUCCAGAGAAGAUUCUCAAAGACCAGGUGCCCACUUAACUGUGAAAAAGAUAUUUGUUGGUGGCAUUAAAGAAGACACUGAAGAACAUCACCUAAGAGAUUAUUUUGAACAGUAUGGAAAAAUUGAAGUAAUUGAAAUCAUGACUGACCGAGACAGUGGCAAGAAAAGGGGCUUUGCCUUUGUAACCUUUGACGACCAUGACUCCUUGGAUAAGAUUGUCAUUCAGAAAUACCAUACUGUGAAGGGCCACAACUGUGAAGUUAGAAAAGCCCUGUCAAAGCAAGAGAUGGCUAGUGCUUCAUCCAGCCAAAGAGGUCGAAGUGGUUCUGGAAACUUUGGUGGUGGUCGUGGAGAUGGUUUCGGUGGGAAUGACAACUUCGGUCGUGGAGGAAACUUCAGUGGUCGUGGUGGCUUUGGUGGCAGCUGUGGUGGUGGUGGAUAUGGUGGCAGUGGGGAUGGCUAUAAUGGAUUUGGUAAUGAUGGAAGCAAUUUUGGAGGUGGUGGAAGCUACAAUGAUUUUGGCAAUUACAACAAUCAGUCUUCAAAUUUUGGACCCAUGAAGGGAGGAAAUUUUGGAGGCAGAAGCUCUGGACCCUAUGGCGGUGGAGGCCAAUACUUUGCAAAACCACCAAACCAAGGUGGCUGUGGCGGUUCCAGCAGCAGCAGUAGCUAUGGCAGUGGCAGAAGAUUUUAAUUAGGAAACAAAGCUUAGCAGGAGAGGAGAGCCAGAGAAGUGACAGGGAAGCUACAGGUUACAACAGAUUUGUGAACUCAGCCAAGCACAGUGGUGGCAGGGCCUAGCUGCUACAAAGAAGACAUGUUUUAGACAAAUACUCAUGUGUAUGGGCAAAAAACUCGAGGACUGUAUUUGUGACUAAUUGUAUAACAGGUUAUUUUAGUUUCUGUUCUGUGGAGAGUGUAAAGCAUUCCAACAAAGGGUUUUAAUGUAGAUUUUUUUUUUUUUGCACCCAUGCUGUUGAUUGCUAAAUGUAAUAGUCUGAUUGUGACGCUGAAUAAAUGUCUCUAAAAAAAAAAAAAA